AUGUUGACUUCGCAGGGUCCGUUAAACUUUAGGUCUCCAUCUUCUUCGUCAUUUAGGACUCAGGGAGUUUCUAAUAGGCCUCCAAUCGUAUGUCACGAGUGUGGUCAAGCAGGACAUAUUCGCCCUCAGUGUCCGCGGCUUUUGGGUACAUACUUUACUUGCAGGAAGACCGGUCAUUUUGCAAGGAAUUGUCUGCAUGGGGACAGGGCUCGUAGCGAGUCUGGUUUAGUGCAACAGCCGAGGGGUGGUCAGAGUUCUAGUCGGCAAUCAUUUUGGGGUAAUCAGAGGCAGCAGCAGCCUCACUCCGUCAAACCACGUCAGCUCAGGGAUCUUAGGUUGAGAGGGGAGCGAGUUCGUUUAAGCCUGCUUAGGGUUCUGAUCAUUGGGGUGGACACAUUCAGAGUCAUACCACUCAGGGAAGAGCUUUUGCUAUCACUUCUGCCAUUCCACCUCCACCACCUCCUGUUACUUCUCAGACCUCGGAGAUUUCGUAUCAAUCCUUCGUUGUUCGUUGAGACACCCAUAAGGGGUAGAUCACCAUUAGACCGUAUUUGCUGGGAUUGUGAGCUUAUUAUUCAAGAUCGUAGUUUUACCUUUAACUUCAUUGUGUUGAAUAUGUCGGGUUUCAAUCUUAUAUUAGGAAUGGAUUGGUUGUCUACGUUUCACGGUACCAUAGAUUGCUUCAAGCAUCGAGUCCGCAUUUGUCCACCUGGGAGUGCUUGUUUCAAAUUCUUUGGGGAGUGUCGGGAAUCGUUAGAACUGUAUCUGUGUGGGUCUCAUGAGCACGAGUCAAUAUAUGCCUUAUUAGCGAGUUUGGCCUUAGAUGAGGAUGUAUCCGCGCGUGGGGAGUUACCUCUUGUUGUUUGUGACUUUCCAGACGUGUUUCUGAAGGAGUUACCCGGUUUGCCACCCGAGAGAGAUUGA